AGAAGAAGCUAACACGUGCGCGUAUUCAACGUGUUUUUAGUUUCGGCAGGCUUGUUUUAUAAACCUAAUCUGUGGGAAUUCACUUAUAAAAAUGGAAGCUGAACAGCCUAUGGCUGUGGAAACUCUAUCUUCUAGUUCGGAACCUAAAACAAUUGAAUCACCAACCGAGCAAGGAAAACAAAGUGAUUCGGUUGAAACACCGCCAGCAGAUAAGGAGGAAACAACGCCCCUUAACACCUCAGAUACCACAAUUGCAGUGGCAGCACCUGUUGAAAAUGCAAAAGUAGGGAACGAGGCUUCCAAAGGCGAAGAACCAAGCGCAACAGUACCUGUAAAUGAGUUGGCAAAGGAUCUGGACAUGGAAUGUGAUUCAGCCCCAACUGUGGAUACGACUCUAAUCUCCUCGCAGCAACAGGAUUCCUCUCAAAAAAUGGAUUGUGAAACUCAGGAAGGUGGAAUAUCCAAAAUACCACCAGGACCUUCGGCUGCUCAGGACUCUGCGGCAAAAUCAACAUCUGGCCUCGGUCUCCUUGCAGCGUAUGAUUCGGGUGCCGAGGAGUCGGACGUGGAAGAAGUUCAUCGAAAUCCGGACAGUGACAACGAAGUGAUCGAAGUCCCUGUAACGGACACUACCACGUACCGACGACCGGUGGUGGAUGUGAGCUCGAGCAGUGAUGCCUCAGCCAGCAGCAGCAGCAGUGACUCUGAUUCUGAUUCAGAAGGAGAAUACCUAACCGUUCUCCGAAAGAAAAUUGAAAAGAAAAUCAACACGGAAGAUUGUGAUGAAGAUGACGAUGAUUUCGAUGAGGAUGGCGCUUCCGGAGACCGCCCAAGACGCCGACAACCGCCCAAAGUUAGGGGAGAAAUGCUGCUCGAUGACCUUCCGCCUAUACACCAACUAGAAAUCACGGUGCCAGAAGAUGAAUGCGUAGAGCUGGGAAAGGUUCAUUCCAUAGUUGACCAACUGGUUUUGGUUUCCGUAAUCCCAAAUUCCUCUCUGUUUGACCUGGAUACGGUUCUGUUUUUGGAAAAGGGCCGAAAGGUUCUGGGUGAGGUUUUCGAUGUGCUUGGUCAGGUGGCGGAUCCGUUGUAUUGUGUCCGCUUCAACAGCAACAAAGAGAUAAAGGACAGGGGAAUAAACAUUGGCGAUGUGGUAUACUGUGCCCCAAAAACGGAGCACACCCAGUUUGUGAUUCUCUCAAAACUGAUGAAAAUACGAGGAUCGGACGCAUCCUGGGAGCAUGAUGUGGAGCCACCGGAACGUUAUAUCGAUUACUCGGAUGAUGAAGCUCAACGCGAAGCCAAACAUGAGCAACGAAAGCGUAGACAAAGAGAUCGUACGAACUCAACAGACUCCGUCGACACGGUUACGUCGGUUGCAACCACAGCCACAGAGGCUUCAGUGGCAGCUCCACCACCCCGGCAGCGAGGGCGACGCGGCCAACGGGAGAGCUUCCGGCAAAACCAGAGGAACUCAAUGCCCCAAAACAACCAGAAUUCGAAUCAGCAAAGGGAUCAGCAGUACAACUACCACCCCAGCUACAAUCCUGGCAGCUGGCAUUCCAACUAUUACCAUAACUACCAUCAGCCGCCGACCAAUUUCAAUAUGCCACCUCACCCAGGCAUGCAUUUUCCGAUGCCCAACUACGGCUACGGAAUGCCCUAUGCUGUACCGCCAAUGAUGCCCAUGAAUGGAUCUCCCCAUCCUCACCCGCCCCAUCACAUGUACCCGCCACCGCCGCCAUUCGCUCCGCCACCAGCGCCGCAAAAUGGACAUCCUCCUCCAAGUUAAACAUAGUCUUUUUUG